AUGAAGAUGGUACGCCACGUGGUGUGCCUGCUGGUCCUCGCAUGGUGUUGCUGCACAGCCCUGUGCGUGAGUGCUGCUGUGCCUGACUCAGCGGCAGAUCCAGUUCUGAAGGAUACGGCAGCACAGAUUGCGGCGAAGGAGGCCGAAAUCGCAGCCCUCACAAAAGAUCUCGACGCAGCGACGAAGGAUGAGGGUGCCGUUGCUGCUGUGAGUGAGGCAGUGAAGGAGGCGAAGACGGCAGCUGAGGCUGUCAAGCAGAUCGUGACGGAUGUGAAGGUGCUUCUGGACGUGGACGUCAGAUAUGCCGUGAAGCUUGCUUCUGUCGCUCUGGCAGAUACAUAUGACGCGGCGUUGGCUCUAGCCGUUCUUGCGUUUCCCAUGGAUCAUGAUGAUGUGCCCUCAAAGUUUCUGUAUCCGAAGGAACUUACGACAGAGAAGACAACGCAAUUGGCGGAAGCUGCAGUUGCAAACGCCACGGAGGCAAAAGCCGAGGCAACGAAGGUGCUGUUGAAUGUCACUGAGACAGAGGAGAAAAUAAAGGCCAUAGUUCAGAAAGGAACUUCAGCACUGCAGCGCGUUACGGAUGUGGCGGGUAAAUAUGAAAAGGGGACGGAGGCCUUUAGGAGCGCAGUGAAGGCAGCGGAGGAGGCAGCGACAGCAUCCCUUUCCGCAGCGGAGCAGUAUCUGAAGGAGAUGAAAAACGUUACGGAACCAGCAACAAUUAUUUCUGAAACAGCAAACGUAUUGUUAACUUUUGGAAAAAGGGUGUUGGAAAUAACAAAGCAAACUGAUACUCGGCGGAAACCCGAUAACCGUGAGGAGUUCCAAAUAAUAAUGGGGGAGACGUAUGAGGGUGGGGACGCCAUCGCGAGGGCACUGGGAACGACUCUAUACGCAAGGGAUGCCGCACACAGUGUGUCGAAGGCUGUUGAUGCUGUGAUCACCUCCGCCACUGGUGCGGCACAGACGGUUCAGAGUGAACUGGACAAAGCCCAGAUGGACAAAACAAAAGCCGGGGAAAAGUUGACGAAGUUAAGGGCUGAAUUGGAACAAUUGACUCUUACAACCACUGCCGCUGUAGGUGGAGGCACUGCCACUCAUCCAUCGUCAACGGGACCCACAACUAACCCUGCGCUUGUGCCUGACGCUGCCCCUGUGAGCAACGGCAACAUUGCGGAAAGCUGGACACUUCUUGCUCAGCACACAGAUGGCAGUGAUGUCCACGCGUGGGUGAGUACACCGCUGAUGCUGCUGCUGAUGGCCUGUGUGGCUGUGUUGUAA